AUGAGGUCUUUCUGUGAGUCUGGGGUCUGCUGUCUCUUGCUUCUGAUGCUGGAGAUGUCCUCCACUGACGGUGUUAUUGAUCCGCAGAGUGUUUUAGCCCAAAGCUACGCUCAGAGCAGACAUCUCGCUCCCAAUACUCGACCACGACAGAGGACUCUUAACCCCGCCGCCUCAGAUUCCCAGUGUAGGAGUCGACCACUGGACCUGGUCUUCAUCAUCGACAGCUCCCGAAGCGUCCGCCCCGCGGAGUUUGAGAAGGUUAAAAUCUUCUUGGCCGACAUGGUCGACACUCUGGACGUUGGUUCUGACGCGACCCGCGUGGCUGUGGUCAAUUACGCCAGCACCGUGAAAAUAGAAUUUCUGCUAAAGGACAACUUCAGGAAGGAGGACAUGAAACAGGCCAUCUCCCGCAUCGACCCUCUGGCCGCCGGAACCAUGACGGGACUCGCCAUAAAGACGGCCAUGGAGGAGGUGUUUACGGAACAGGCUGGUGCCCGGCCACGCUCCAAAAACAUCUCCAAAGUGGCCAUCAUUGUGACGGACGGGCGUCCUCAGGAUCAGGUGGAGGAGGUUUCGGCCGCUGCCCGCGCCGCUCAGAUUGAAAUAUACGCCGUCGGAGUUGAUCGCGCCGACAUGCGCUCCCUCAGACUCAUGGCCAGCAACCCUUUGGAAGAUCACGUCUUCUACGUGGAGACCUACGGAGUCAUCGAGAAACUCACCUCCAAGUUUCGGGAGACCCUGUGCGGUCUGGACCCCUGUGCCCUGGGACACAACUGCCAGCACAUUUGUGUCAGCAACGGAGCCUCCUACUCCUGCAAGUGCCGGGAGGGCUUUGUUCUGAACGAAGACAAGAGAACAUGUUCCAAAAAACAAAUGAAAGUGGAGAUAGUUCAGGAUCCCUGCCUGUGCGAGGCCCGUCUGGCGUUCCAGAGACAGACUCUAGCCUCCAUCCAGGACCUCAGUACCAAACUCGCUGAUAUGACCAGGAAGGUCCAGCAGUUGGAGGGUGCCCUGGGUCGGAUGUAA